GUGUUAUAUCAAUCAAGAAAUUUGUUCUGUUAAUUGAUUAUUCUAUCUGCAAUCCAGUGAUACUUCACUUUACAUCGGUCUAUAAUUCAUACAGAAGUUUAAAUAACUGCUCUGUUGGUAUAUAAAAAUGGCAAGAAAUCCAAGAGAGUCAGCUUCAGAGUCUGAAUCGUCGAGACAUGCAUCUUCAUCUGUCACUACAACUAAAAGUUCUCAAAAGGUUAAGAAUCAAGCAGCUUUGCAAAAGCAACAACAAUAUCUUUCAAAACACAUAAAUUCUAACGGUCCACAAGAUCAACCUAAGGUAGAGCCAUUAGAUUUUGAAAAGUUUGAAGAUGACGUCUUAAUCAAAUAUAAUAAGAGAUAUGGGAUGAAUUUGCCUAAUCCUACCAGUGUAAAUAAUGAUAUUUUAAAUAGUGAAAUUGGUAAAAAGACAUACACGAAAAGGAAUGAAUCGAAACAAUCCCCUAAUAAAAUCACCAAAGUGGAACUUGCAAAUAAAACGAAGAAUCAUUUCUUAGCUUUACCUACCAAAGAGAACGAGAUAAUAACAAAUUUCUUAUAUAAGGUCAAACAUCAAGAAGAUGAGUUUAAAUUAACAUUUAGAUAGAGGUAGGGUAUCAGUUAAUUUAAUUUAAUUAGAAUUAUUAAUUUUCAUCUUACAUUUAUUUUCCAUUCAAUUCUUCCUUUCAACUAAUUGGUUAUUUCUACAGAUUUAGCAUGUAUCAUUAUCAUUAUCAUUAUCAUUAUUGGUGUCUUUGACAUUAUUGGUGUCUUUGACAUUAUCACUUUUUUUAAACCGCCUAGCAC